AUGCUGGAAACGGAAAACGUCUUCCAUAGGUUCCAUGAUGGCGAUGGCUGGCUUCCGGUCAAUACCACUACUGUCCUGGAUCGCAAUAUCAAUGACUCCAACUGGACAAUCGGUGGAACCCCGUUCGCUGGACUGAUGUAUCAUGACAGGCUUGACGCCUACAAUUCAAUUAUCGACGCAACGCUUUACAACAAAACCUCUGCCAGUUGUCCCGACACAAAUAAUAUGUUUGGCGGAGAAUUCCCUGGCAUCGAAUCCCACACAGUAUGCCGGACAAGAAUGAAGCAAUAUUCAUGCAACAUUUCGAGUCGGAGUAAUAAUACCUUACGACCAGAAUGGUGCUAUCUGGAGGUUAUUCCGGGGAGCUCGGGUGGCGAGCUGAUAAGUAAUCACGACUUGCUACCCAUAGCUAUAGCAGAACUUGAUUAUGUCGUCGAGAAUGUGACAGUCUGGAUGACAGAAGGGCGGCCAUUGCGAAGUAACGGGCGGUUUAGUGACUCGAUUACAUUUGUGUUUAGCUCGACUCAUUCGGACUACGCCGAUAAGUUAAUUGUCCGCUCGAGGUCUGCAACGCUCAAGACUGCUACAGCCUCCUCAAGCGGCUGGUCAGUCAACCCAGAAUUCAGUCCAGAUUUGACGAUUCUCAACGACUAUCUCUCGUAUCAUGAAAACGGCCGUAUCAAGAAGGAAUCCCCGAAGAUGUUUUUGUGUCACGAGAAUUGGCUCGAUUCUAUGCACGAACAACUGUUCUAUAAAAACAUGUCAUGGCGGUGGUCGGAGGCCGGAAAGCGUCCGGCCCCUCGUCCAACGGGACCACAAAAGGAGUACAUCCGCCGGACUGAAUUAAAGCCGGCUAAAUAUCAUGAAAACUCAAAUUGGUCACCCCUAGUUUGUCUCGCGUUUAGUAUUAUCUAUCCCGAGGGGACAGCCGAAACCGCUGUUUCGCCUUUCCAGACCAACAUGUUGUACUAUUAUAACGCUACCGACUUCGAACUACAUGUCGGCGGUACCUACCACGGAUUUCUACUCCAUCUUGAGCGUUCCCUGACGCAAUAUACAGGAGUACCCCCUCGUAUACCCCCGCGAAGGCCGACAGAUUCUUCCAGUCCAUCUGAUGCCAGAGCCCUUGAUGGAUUACACAAAUUUCACAUCCCCACCUCUCAGGAGCCAUUGUUACGUUUACGGAUUCCGCAUAUCAACACGCACAUCCAUCCUUGGAGUGGUAAUCCUCUCGACCCAUGUUCUGUUCGUGCUAUGAGGAUCUAUAUGGCAAUGCUACCGGGGCAAUAUCAUCCAGUCCUGGAAGUCAAGACCGGAGUACGCUACGCUAUGCCUGGGCAGCGGUCCUUCUACCAAUGUUGUCGAAAACACUUUGCUGGUAUUGGCCUGGACAGGACGUUGAGUCAGGUUAUCAAGAUUAGAGAUAUGGGAGGAAAUCAUUUGGAGCUUGAUGUUCUCGUGCCUGGGGAUACGGCGAAGGGGUCAGUUGUUGACAAGGAUAAGCAAUACGGAUAUCUUGGGCGCAGGAGAAGACGUAACCGGAAAAAGAAGAGAAACUGA